AUGAUUAGAAGCCCUGGAGCUGGAACCGGAAUGGAGGAGACAACUAUGGCUAACUCUCUACGCCUCCUCGAAGGCACAAGCAAAGAACUUUCUAUAGCGGAGUUGCACAAAUACAUACUUUCUCUCAUCGCUAUGCAAGGCGCACUCCUUUCGCAGAAGCAGCAGAGAGCCGAAAUGGCAUCUCUACUUGACAUAGACGAUCCAAAUUUUGGGGGGCAUCAAUUGGCACUGCUUAUAUACUCGAAGCUCGCCCCAACUCAAAUUGGGGAAAAUUCAUUCGAAAGGUGA